UUCUGCUGUGCAUGUCUUUCUUUGGGGUAUUUUAGAUCGUAUGGAACACGCCUGCUUUUGUUUGUUUUUUUCAGUCGAUCUUCUGAUUGCCAAAAUAUUCUUGUAAAAAUAAUCCAAUAGAAUGUUUGAAUUUAUCUGUUAAAAUUUGCAAGCAUGAUUCUCCUGGCAAUGGUGGAAAUGACAAAGCUCUUGAAAUUUACAAUCAUCCGUACUGAUUUCCACGUUACACCCAUCUGCCCGGAGACUUGGAUUCCCAGAGAGAUUAUGGAUUAUUGUCAUGAAAGGAACGCCUGAAAUUUUUACUGAAUCUUAUAUAUAUGGUUGUAAAUAUUAACUUUCAAAAGUGUGCUUUUAUCCACCAUUAAUUGUCCAUCUCGGACAUAUACAUAUACAUAUGCAUGCACUCUGUACUAUAAAUACAGCAUUCUGAAAAGAGUCUUUUCCAGGCCUGGUGGCACAGGCCUUUAAUCCCAACACUCAAAAGGCUUGAGCAAGUGGAUCAUAGACAGUUGAAGGCUGGCAGGGUGUCCAUUGUGACUUCAAGGACAAUCAAUACUACAUAGAAAAAUCCUGUAGGAGGGGAAAAGAGAAAUUUAAAUACAUUGUAGUGUAGAAUGAUAUUGGAAAGAAUCUCUUGAGUCAUUGCAACGAUAAUUGAUCUAUGUCAGAAAAUGUCUACAAUAGUGUUCUGUCUCCUUGGUCCAAGAAAAAAACCUCUGUCCAUGGGCACAUGACCAAAAUGUUAUUUUUGUUUCUGCUGUUAGAGGUGUUUGAAACAUGAGCUCACAGUGUUGCUCUGUCUGGAGCAGACCUCGCCAUGUAGACCAGGCUAAACUGGAAAACACGCCUACCUGUUUCUCCCAAGUGGGAGGAUUUUGUGGUCUGUUGACAGCCAGUGAUGUGAUUGUGGACUUCUCCCAGGAGUGGGGGCAAUGGCUGGCGUCUCCCUUGAGGGUUUUGAACUGGGACUGGAUGCUGCAGAGUGGCAUCAGUGUGGUUUCUGUGACUGAGAAUUGUUUGCUUGCAGUCUUCCUCGCUGCUCCUCAGUAUUUCAUGACAAACUCAUCUGCAAGUGUGUGAGCUUUGUGUGAGUGAGUCCCACAUCCCACAGAAUAAAGUGGAAUCCUCAAAGGGAAAAGGAGAAUUCUCAUAAAUGUUCUCUCUUCUUCUUGUGUGUCCCUUUGGGUGGUGUGAGCAUCCAUCAUCAUUGGUCCGUGGUCAAUUCAGAACCUCUAGUGUGUGACAUCCUUCCCAGUCAUUCGCUUCCAUUUCUGCCCCUCGGGUUUGACUGAGCUGUGCUUGGAAAUGGGAUUCAAGAAAUGCUAACUAAAAAUGCUUUCUAAAUAUUACCAGUAUUCAGACACUGCAUGACAAUUGAGGAAUCAUUUGUAUAAUCCUGUGUUUAGUUUUUUGUUCGUCUGCUGAGCACAGUACUGUGUGAGAAAUCCAGGGCUUUUUGAACAAUCUCUUUCUCACGUGCAGGGCUCACUGAUCGCCCAGUCCUGCUCACCUGAGCAGCAGAACAAGGGGACCUGGAAGGAGAGAGGAGACAGUAGCUAAGGAAGCAGAAAUUCUAUUAUUCUUGUGAGAAGUAUCAUCAGCCCAGAGAAGUGAGCCAUGGCUUCAUUGUUGGUGAAAGAGGAAAUCAAAGAAGAGAAACAGGAAGAAAUGGACGUUACUCCGGUAAAUCUAUCACAGGGUGUGUUGACAUUCAAGGAUGUGUCUGUGGACUUCACACCGGAGGAGUGGGAAACCCUGGACUCUUCUCAGAGGGCUUUGUACAUUGAGGUGAUGUUGGAGAAUUACAACAACCUGGUCUUUGUUGAGAACUAUUUCAAGUAUGAGUCUGUCCAUCAGCAUGUGAAGACUGAAAAGGAGUCUUGUCAGUGUAAUGAGCUCGGAAAAGUGCUUCAUGAACCCUCCACAUGUUCACAUCAUAGAACAAGUGAAACUACAGAAAACUCCAAGAACUACACACGCAGUAAUCACAGGGGUGCCUCUGUUGACUCAUCAAACCCAGACAGACAGGAAAGCAUGCACACUGGAGAAGAACCGUGCCGAUCAAAAGUCUGUGAGGAAUGUUUAAAUUUGUGUUCCAACAUGACUCAAGAUCAGAGAGUCUACACUGCAGAGAAAGACCACAGGCUGGGAGAACAUGAUGACACUUUCAGCUCUACAUACAGUGUUGUGCAACAACCAGUCCACAUUGAAGAGACACCACACCAGUGUGGGACAUGCAAGAAAUAUUUCCAGACUGCCUCAUGCCUCACUGAGCAUCAAAGGAUUCAUUCUGAAAAUAAAGUCUAUGAAGGCAACAUUUGUGAAAAAUCUUUUAACCAAUAUUCAAGUCCUAAAAUACAUCAAAGUGUUCAUAGUGGGGAGAAAUAUUACGAGUGUAUGGAAAGUGACAAGUCCUUUACCCAGGGCUCACAACUUACAGCACAUCAGAAAAUUCUUACUGGAGAGAGACCUUGCAGUUGUCAGGAAUGUGACAAGUCCUUUACCCAAGACACACAUCUUAUAACACUACAGAGGGUUCCUACUUGGGAGAAACCUUAUAAAUGUAUGCAUUGUGACAAAACCUUUACAUAUGACUCCCAACUUAGAAGUCAUCAGAUUGCUCACACUGUGGAAAAACCUUACAAAUGUAAGGAAUGUAACCAGUCCUUUACACAUGACUCCCACCUUAGAAGCCAUGAGAGUGUUCACACUGUGGAAAAACCUUACAAAUGUAAGGAAUGUGACCAGUCCUUUACACAAGACUCCCAACUUAGAAGCCAUCAGAGUGCUCACACUGUGGAAAAACCUUACAAAUGUAAACAAUGUGACCAGUCCUUUACACAUGACAAACAACUUAGAAGCCAUCAGAGUGCUCACACUGUGGGAAAACCUUACAAAUGUAAGGAAUGUGACAAGUCCUUUAGAUAUGACUCCCAACUUAGAAGGCAUCAGACUGCUCAUGCUAUGGAAAAACCUUACAAAUGUAAGGAAUGUGACAAGUCUUUUAAACGGGACUCCCAACUUAGAAGUCAUCAGACUGCUCAUGCUAUGGAAAAACCUUACAAAUGUAAGGAAUGUGACAAGUCUUUUAAACGGGACUCCCAACUUAGAAGUCAUCAGACUGCUCAUGCUAUGGAAAAACCUUACAAAUGUAAGGAAUGUGACAAGUCCUUUAGAUAUGAUGCUCAACUUAGAAGGCAUCAGAGUGCUCACACUGUGGAAAACCCUUACAAAUGUAAGCAAUGUGACCAGUCCUUUACACAUGAAUCUCAACUUAGAAGUCACCAGAGUGCACACACUGUGGAAAAACCCUAUAAAUGUAAACAAUGUGACAAGUCCUUUACAAAUGACAAACAACUUAGAAGGCAUCAGAGUACUCACACUGUGGAAAAACCUUACAAAUGUACAGAAUGUGACAAGUCCUUUACAAAUGACUCUCAACUUAGGAGUCAUCAAAGUGCUCACGCUGUGGAAAAACCUUACAAAUGUAAGGAAAGUGACCAGUCCUUUACACAUGAUAAACAAUUUGGAAGUCAUCAGAGUGCUCACACUGUAGAAAAACCUUUCAAGUGUUUGGAAUGUGACAAAUCCUUUACAUAUGACUCCCAACUUAGAAGUCAUCAGAGUGUACACACUGUGGAAACAACUUACAAAUGUAAACAAUGUAAUCAGUCCUUUACAAAUGACAAACAACUUAGAAGCCAUCAGAGUGCUCAUGCUCUGGAAAAACCUUACAAAUGUAAGGAAUGUGAUCAGUCCUUUACAUAUGACUCAGAACGUAGAAGACAUGAGAGUGCUCACACUAUGGAAACACCUUAUAAAUGUAAAGAAUGUAACAAGUCCUUUACACAUGACUCAGAACAUAGAAGUCAUCAGAGUGCUCACACUGUGGAAAAACCUUACAAAUGUAAGGAAUGUGAUCAGUCAUUUACACAUGAUAAACAAUUUGGAAGUCAUCAGAGUGCUCACACUGUACAAAAACCUUUCAAAUGUAUGGAAUGUGACAAAUCCUUUACAUAUGACUCCCAACUUAGAAGUCAUCAGAGUGUACACACUGUGGAAACAACUUACAAAUGUAAACAAUGUAAUCAGUCCUUUACAAAUGACAAACAACUUAGAAGCCAUGAGAAUGCGCACACUGUGGAAAAACCUUACCAAUGUAAGGAAUGUGACCAGUCCUUUACAAAUGACAAACAACUUAGAAGCCAUGAGAAUGCGCACACUGUGGAAAAACCUUACCAAUGUAAGGAAUGUGACCAGUCCUUUACAAAUGACAAACAACUUAGAAGCCAUGAGAAUGCGCACACUGUGGAAAAACCUUACCAAUGUAAGGAAUGUGACCAGUCCUUUACAAAUGACAAACAACUUAGAAGCCAUGAGAAUGCGCACACUGUGGAAAAACCUUACCAAUGUAAGGAAUGUGACCAGUCCUUUACAAAUGACAAACAACUUAGAAGCCAUGAGAAUGCGCACACUGUGGAAAAACCUUACCAAUGUAAGGAAUGUGACCAGUCCUUUACAAAUGACAAACAACUUAGAAGCCAUGAGAAUGCGCACACUGUGGAAAAACCUUACCAAUGUAAGGAAUGUGACCAGUCCUUUACAAAUGACAAACAACUUAGAAGCCAUGAGAAUGCGCACACUGUGGAAAAACCUUACCAAUGUAAGGAAUGUGACCAGUCCUUUACAAAUGACAAACAACUUAGAAGUCAUCAGAGUGCUCACACUGUGGAAAAACCUUACAAAUGUUUGGAAUGUGAACAAUCCUUUACUUAUGACUCCCAACUUAGAAGUCAUCAGAGUGCACACACUGUGGAAAAAACUUACAAAUGUAAACAAUGUGGCCAGUCCUUUACAAAUAACAAACAACUUAGAAGCCAUCGGAGUGCUCACACUGUGGAAAAACCUUACAAAUGUUUGGAAUGUGACCAAUCCUUUACAUAUGACUCCCACUUAGAAGUCAUCAGAGUGCUCACACUGUGGAAAAACCUUACAAAUGUUUGGAAUGUGACCAAUCCUUUACAUAUGACUCCCAACUUAGAAGUCAUCAGAGUGCACACAUGGUUCGAAAAACUUACAAAUGUAAACAAUGUGGCCAGUCCUUUACAAAUAACAAACAACUUAGAAGCCAUCGGAGUGCUCACACUGUGGAAAAACCCUAUAAAUGUAAACAAUGUGACAAGUCCUUUACAAAUGACAAACAACUUAGAAGCCAUCAGAGUGCUCACACUGUGGAAAAACCUUACAAACGUAAGGAAUGUGACCAGUCCUUUACACAUGACUCCCAACAUAGAAGUCACCAGAGUGCUCAUACUUUGGAAAAACCUUACAAAUGUAAGGAAUGUGACAAUUCUUUUACACAAGAAUCCCAACUUAGAAGUCAUCAAAGUGCGCACACUGUGGAAAAAACUUACAACAGUAAAGAAUGUGACCAGUCCUUUACAUAUGACUCCCAACUUGAAAGCCAUCAAAGUGCUCACACUGUGGAAAAACCUUACAAAUGUAAGGAAUGUGACCAGACCUUUACACAAGAAUCCCAACUUAGAAGACAUCAAAGUACUCACGCUGUGGAAAAACCUUACAAAUGUAAAGAAUGUGACAAGUCCUUUACACAUGACUCAGAACUUAGAAGCCAUCAGAGUGCUCACACUGUGGAAAAACGUUUCAAAUGUUUGGAAUGUGACAGGUCCUUUACAAAUGCCGAACAACUUAGAAGUC